UAAUGAUCUAUUAGUGAAUAAUGUGUCACGGAAUGUUUUUAUUUAACAUUCUUCAAGAUAAACGAAGACGGCAUGUCAGUAGUCUGUUACGUUCCACCCAUUACAUGUGGGCGGUCUAAGGUAAUCUGCACCCACAGAUGAGGCCUGGAGGUUCAGCUACCACAUGCUACUGAACAAAAGUGAAGCAUGACUAAGGUGGGUGGUGCGUGGAAGAUUAGGUAGUGGAGAGAGAGAAAAGUUUGUCCUGGGCUCUCUGCGGAGACCCAGCAUGACCAAUUGAGGUGAAGGGGAUGAAUGAGGCCAUUCACUGGGUCUAAUGAAAGAGUUCCUGCUGGGCCCUGAAUGAGGGUGGGCCCAUCUGCACCACAUAGGCGUGCACAAACCAGUGACCUCGAAAAUUACCCAGGAAGCACUUUGGGACAGUCACCCCAGCAACAGGCUGGGGUUCGCAUAGUAACCAGGCGCUUCAAUCAAGGCCUGGCAGCUUCUUCAACAGAGCAAAGUUUUUCUCUGUAUUGAAAGAACUCUGUGUGAAAUCAACUCCGAGGGAUACCUCCCCCAGUUUUUUUAAGGGGGGGGCUGCCAAUGAUUGUCCCAUGUGAAAACGUCCAGAAGCUCCCACCAUCUUUAAGAGGUGUGGGACGAUGCCCUCAGGACUUUUCCUCUCAACACAAAGAUGUGUUUGUCUUAGCUACAUAUGAACAUGCACUGCCUGCCUGUAUGUGCAGUGCUGGGUGUAGGUUAAUUAGGUUCAGGGCAUGUAUAGUGACAGGUUUAGGAGGCUGGGAAAUAGAUCCAAUUACAAAGAGUCCAGAUAAGGAGUGAGAUUCCCUCAACGCCCCUGGGGAAUGGACAUUAAGUUUACAAGCAUCUUAAAGGAUCUGGUUCAUCGGAUUUUAUCUAUGUUAUUUGGUAUAAUAUAUUCAGUCUUCACGAGGCGGAGGCACGCAGGUCAUUGAAGUUCCAUUCCCGUCUCCGUUCCCUCACGGAACUUUUGACAGCGUGAAAUGACAAUCCACCCCCUGCACGCAUCCCCCACGUCAAAAAGUAAUGAGAUUGUGCUGCUGGAAAUAUCACUACAAAGCAUCAGGCCUGCACUCGGGUCUGACUGCACCUUCAAACAGCGCUGCCUGCCAGCUCGCCUGCCUCGCCUGCAUGCUGAAAAAGAAAGGAACAAAAACAAUCAGAAUCAGACACAGAGAAACGGCGAGGGAAGCUCCCUACGCUGAGACAAACGAACACGCCAGGGCCUUUCAUCCUGAGAGUGAUUAGCCAUCCGAAACGUUUUAUAACCCAGCGUUGAGUGUGUUCCUCAAACGAAAAGAGUUCCAUUGAGGAGUGGUGGUGAGAUGUGUCUCGCUGGGAAGCGCCAGUGAUCUAGUCUCUAAUUGUGGCGUCGCUGACAAGACUGGUGUGGCUGGGAGCUUUUUAAGCGGGGCUUUUUGCUACGCUCUUGUUCCCUUCCUGUCAGAUCCACAACCAAAGGCACCAGGGAACAAAAAGGCCCCUCCGAUUCUGCUUUUACAUCCAUCUGCCUAUUGCUUUGUGCAUAUAAAUACAGGCCUAAUUUAACACUCUAAUAGGCCCUGAUGCUGGCCUAAUGUGACCAAAAACUACAAUUGUUGCUGUAAAUGCAGUGUUUGGUUGCAGAUAUGUAAUAUCACCGAACAUAGUUUUCAGUCUGUGUAAUUGCUGUCUCAUAUUCUUUCAUAUAUCAUUGAUUGAAGUCUCUCAGCUUCAGAGAAGAUGCAACGUUUCUGACACAUUGGUAGUAGUACUACCCUUCUUCUGCAGUGUAGCGGGAACACAGUCAUGUUCGCGGUCUUUGAGCGAUGUUCAGUAGAGCUGGUAGGAGCUUUCAAAAUCUGGCACGGAAAACCUCUCGGAUCCUCUACUGUUCAGAAGCCAGGUUGUCGUAGGUUUGAGGAAUCGAAGAGAGGCAGUUUGAAGAAUCAAAGAACCGGUGACAGUGGGUGAAAAAAGGGGGAGGGGUAGAGAAGAGAGGAAAGGAGUGAAACCCUAGCUCAUAAAAAUCAGUAUUAUAACAACAUUAAUUGAUGCUGCUGAGUGCCAUAUGUGAUGCCAUAUGGAAAGGCUGCCCCACAGGCCUGCUAUAAUAGACAGCCCGCAGCGGUGCACACAACUUGGCACAUUUACAAACAAGGGACGUCCCAUUAAUAUCAGCCACGCAGUCCGGGCAGGAGACAGUGGGAGAGAGAGGGAGAGGGUGUUGGAGGGAGGGAGGGAGCGGGCGACAAAAUAAAGAGAGGGAACCAAGUUACCUCAUGUUUUGUUUGCCAUCCUUAGUCCUCAUGUUUUUACUAUUUAUCCACUUGCCUCAUGCUAUCAUUCUUACCAAAUGAAAGAGAUUUACUCUAUGUGCAUUUAAAAUCUCUGCUCCUCUACUUCCACGGUUCCUUAAUUACAGUAAUAAAUGGCCCCUCCCCUCUGGGUUGAUCAGACCGCCCUCUGUCCACCCAACUGUCACUCCCACCACAUGCCCAGAGGUACUUUCAUCUCUCUCUCUCUCUCUCUCUCACUCUCACUCUCACUCUCACUCACACACACACACGCACACGCACGCACACACAGACACACACUUCAGUAGGUUAGAUGAUUCAUUGCACCUUGACAAAGGCGGCGUGAACGAGCUCUGUUUAACCUCUUCUGUGCCUAAUCACAGGGCAGCUGUUAUUUACUGCUGCUGUCCACACUUUCCGCUGCCUGGUUGCUCACAUUCAACACUGUCCCUCACUUACACUGCAUCAGGUCUUAUCAGAGCAGACUGGCUUGAUGUGGGCAUUCUGCAAGAUAUAUUUCACUGAAAAUUUCAUAAAUCAUACACUCGUUUUAUAUUCAUUUUGAAUAGGUUUAAUCAAGUGAAUAAUUUAGAUCUCGUAGUACAACAGCGACUAAUUAAUAUUUUCAUUAUACUGAAAAAUCUAUUGAUUAUGUUUCUGAUAGUAAAUUGUCAGACUAAUACCCGUCCCGUCUUCAAAUUGCAUUAUUUGGCCAACCAACAGUCCAAAACCAAUAUUAAAAGUCUAAGAAAAUGUUGGUCAUGAUGGCGGCUAGAAUCAAGUUUGAAUUCUUUGAAGUUGAUGCUUUCAUUCCGUGAAAAUGUUCUUUCUCACAGGAUGUGAUAGUAUCAUUAGCCCUGUGUAUGUGAGAUGCCACAGACGUGUAUCGGCCCCUACUGCCCCGUACAGUCUGGUAGAUAGAGAUGUAUAGGAGACGCAUCUGUUUUGCGCGCUGCUUCCAGACUCUUAUGACGUGCCCGUAGCGGGGAGGGAGAGCGAGAGAUCCUUGUGAAACAAAGUUGUCAGCCAUUCUGUUGAGUUUCAUAUAAUGUGAGGCGAAACAAGAAUAGCGUACAGCUGUUUCCUCCCUGACACAGAGGGAGGCAGAUGAAGAGCAGAAGAGAGAAAGACGGGGGGAGGAAGAGGGAGAGCGAGACAGAGCUCUCCGCUCUGUGAUGUGCACUGAUGUAGCUGCAGCUCUAGGUCAAACGCUGCCAGUGUUUUGUGUUCAUCUUCGUCUCGUCUCCCAGUGCUCCUCUAAAUUAUUCACAGCCUGAAGAUGUGCAAUGUGGCUGCCUCCCCUUUUCCUCUCUACUCCUUCCCUCUGCAUUGCUUUCUGUCUCUAUUUCUCUGUUUCCCAUCUCCUCCUCCGUCUCUCAUGUGACUGCUUGUGUCAGAGGCAAUGAACAGAAGUUUCUCCUUGCAAGCUGGUUAAUCCCCCCAUCCCAUUCCGUAUCCACUCAUCUACCAUCAACCACCCACCUUUCAUCACCGACUCCAUCUCUCACACUCCUCCUUUCAUCCCUGCUUGUCCCUCGCUUGCCUCUCGUGGCUGCCAGACUAGAGCCAGACGCUUCUUUUUUUUUUAAGGGGGAGGCUGCCAGCUGUUAGUAUCAACUGCUUGGUAUAGCUCCUGCUCUCCCCAGCAUCCCUCUACCUCCCUCACUCUUACUUCAUAGGAUCCACGAUGUAGGGGUCGGGCUGACGGGGUGUUUUCAUCCUCUGUUGCUGGUUUUUUUUCUCUCGCCUCAACUCUUUAAUGACUUUGCGCUCAUUUUAUCCAGCCAAGUUGAGAGAUAAACCCCAAGUGCGCACCAAAUCCUCAGGCCAAUCGAUGGCACUGAUUAAAGAUGUGCCCGUCAGUCAUUUCACCUUUAACAGACUGCCAGUCCUCUGAAGAUGGAGGGAGCUCCUAGAAACCAAGGACAUGGAUGGACUAGACAAUAUGAUGAUGACACAGUAAGGCGAGUUUGUCAGCCAUCAGAGAUUUUAUCACACUUGUAUCAUCUCUUUAUUGUUUGUGGGUGUAUCAGGCUAUUGCCGGCAAUCUUGCAAAUCAGCGAGCAGGCAGAGGAAGUACCUUGAUUUGUUAUAUUUGCUGGAUUUUCUUGCAUGGUUAUUUUAUCUAUAAAUUAUUUCACAAUGGAGUUUCUGAAAAAUGUAAUAUAUCACAGUAUAUGUUGACACAAUUAACUUUAGAGUGAUGCAAACAGGCCCCGAGUCUUGUGUCUGAAGGUGUGGGCUUAUAAACUGCAUGCUUCGGUAGCAGAUUAUUAUUGUCAUGUUAAAUCGGAAGAUGCAAGAAUUAAAUCCUGUCUGGACAGCCGGGGUUGGAGGAUGAGGUGUGCCCCUCGUGGCCACCUGAGUGGAGAGGAGAGCGGAAAGAGCAGUUAAAUCCAGUUCCAACCGUUGCCACAGGACACUCAUUUGUAAUUCUGCACCCUGCCUACAAUAGCGUUUGAUCAUUGCAGAGGGGGGACAGGAGGUACAAGUCGGGGGGAAAGGAGCUGAAGCCUUCUCCCUCUCUCUUUGCUCCCCCUCCCCAAAACACCCCAUGCCCGGCCUCUCGCAAUUGCUGUCAACCAGUAUGAAUGCCCCCUCUGGCCUGAUGACAAGUCGAGCGUGAAACGCUCGGCUGCCCCCUGAAAUUAGCAGUAGAGCCCCCCGGCGGCACAUGCUUCUCAUGACCAGCACACAGUGGGCUGCCGCCAGAUUCUUUUCAUUAUGGUGGCCUGCCAGCCCCCUGACUCUACCUCCUUCUGCCUCUUCCUCCAUCCCACCCUCCCUCUCCUCCUCCUACCCCCUGUGUGUCGGCCAGAGCUCAGUAAACAGCAUCUGUAGUGCUCAUCACAUUACUGUCGUUGGGAGGAGAAGGAAGGAGGGAGCCAAGCUCUCUCUGGGUGUUGCUGUUAUUUCUGUGUAUCUAAGUGUCUUUAUGUGUGCAUACAGUAUGAGAUUUUGUGUUGUAGCAUGUAUAUGCAUGUAUAUGUGUGUUGACAGGAUUAGUAAGAGAGAGAGAGAGAGAGAGAGAGAGCUAGUAGUAGCAGUACAGAGAGUGAGAAAGCGUGAGAGAGGAGGGGAGUAGCAGUACAGAGCGAUGCCUGGAGGCUCAAUCUGUUCCUCACUGAGCUACAUCAGUGUUAGAGACGGCGGCUCGGGCCGCAGGGAAGCCUCCACUCACUCCAUCAAACUGUCAGGCAGCCAGCGGAGCUGCACAGGGAGACUCUCAGCUGCCCCCGGGGCCAGUUCAAGUCAACAUCCCAUUUCCUUGCCUCCUCGCCUAAUUUCUCCUACGCCCCGACUUAAAUUUCCAAUGCCCAGUGUCUGCCGCUGCAGCUCAGCACCACCGAGCUUGGGGCCAUGUCAAAGCACUGGGGGUGUGUGUGUGUGUGUGUGUGUGUGUGUGUGUGUGUGUGUGUUCACCUCUGAAGGCAAGAUAGCGAGCUUGUUACAGUCACACGGUCAGCAGAGACAAGAAGAAACCAAAGGGAGCCUUAUGAAAGACGAGGUGCAAAAAUAAAAACAUAAAUCAGUGUUAUUUUUUUCCUCAUUCUCUCUUACCUAUAUCCCCAUUUUUCUUCCACGACUAUAUUCAUAACACAGUUGUGUAUUCCCUGUCCCUUUAGGUUUCUGGCAGUUUUCUUCUUUCUCUCUGAGCUGAAUAAAUGCUCCCUGUUCUCUCGUACAUCUGCCAUUAGUCUGUUUUUUCCCCUUCCAAACUCCAAGGAUCAUACCACCAGCCCAGUCGGCUCUGUUGCUCCCCCAGCGAGAGCUGAAAGCAAGGGCUGAGGUAUUUCUUGCUGGAAAGGACAAGGCGGUCCUUUAAUUUAGUGGCGAAGGGGAACAGCUCUUCAAGUUUGCCCCCACCACUAUCCCCAUCAAUCUGUCCGUGCACCCCCCCCUUCUUCCUUCACAACCCCACCACAUACUUUGCAUGGAAGUGAAACGGAGAGCGGCCAGGUCUCAGUGCUGUUUACAUGGACUCUGGGUAAUGUUAAAAUCUGCUUAGUUUGGCCCCAGGUCAGGACGAUAUCUUUCCUCACCCUGUCUAGAUUUACAUGGCCCCCGCUGACUCUUCCCUUAAGUGUGUCAGCUCUGAACCAGAAGCCUCUGUGUGUCUGGCUAAUGCAAAGAGCAUUUCUCUGAGCUUGUCUUCUUCAAUCCUCCUCCACUCUCAUUCUCUCUCUGUCCUCUCUCAAUGGGCCUCUGUGAAAGGAGCUUUUUCUGAAGCCGUCUCUAUGUUUGCACAGCCAACUCCGAGGUCCCAAGCUCAAAUAUGGUUUUACGUGAGAGCCUGUCUAGGCCUCCUCUGCCGGUCGAUAUUAUUUCUACCCAGCAGAGUUUUUUUUCUCUCAAUCUCAUUCCCCCUGGAGCAUACAUCUUCACUGGGAUCAAUACUUUCCUAAUCCAGAGCUCCGAGGCUGACCCGGGGUAAUCAGCUGACUUCCCAUGCUGCCCGCUGGGGAGGUCAAGGUUCAAAUGGCUGUAUAGAUUUGAUCCUGUGAUCAAAUCACUUUGCGAGGUGGUGCUUUCAGAUACAGCUGGUGGUGUCAAGAGUGAUCACUUGAUUUUUUUUCUCUAUUGUUGAGAGUUAAAUGCAGUGGUGACAUGUGAGCCUUGGCAACCCUAAUAUUAAUACAGCAGUUAAGCACCCAAAGUUUUUUUUAGUUAAGGUGCACAGUAGCCAUGAAACUGUAAGGUUAUGUGAAUCAUAUCAAAUAUUCCUUUUGUUAUUUGACUAUUCUGAUGUUAUUCCAUCCCACUUACAUACUUACGCACACACACGCAUGCACAAACUAUUCCCUCAACUUUGUAGCUCCUUGUGGCUUAAAUGUGUCUGUGAGGUGGUGAGAAAGUUAACGUGGUAAGAGCGCGCAACUAAACAUCCUGUCGAUAGAUUACGGAAGCUGAGUUCAAGUAAAGGCUUCACCCUUCGCCACGAGGCCAAAGAGACCUUCAGAUCUCCCGCUGAUCUUUUAGGCCUGGAAAUUUUAGGCGAGCCUCUGCUUCCACCCCUCAGAGUGGCCACUGCGCCUAUGUCCCAACAACUCAUCCCAGCAUCCGCAGGAGGGAAAUUGCAGGAGGAAAUUGGUGUUGUUCCAGAAGUAUCUGACAUUGCUUUGGUCCUCGGCUAUCUAACUGGACCAUAACCCCCCCUCUGUGUGCUUUCACUCUAGGAGAUUUGGAUUUGUCCGUACUUGCUCCCUCACAAUCAGGACUAUCUCAGUCAAUGUCCCUGAAGAGAUGUCUUCUGAAUUGAAGCCAUUUCUCUCGUCAGUAUUAAGAUGUCUACAUUUGUGCAGGGAUCAAGUGCUGCUGCUGUCUCACUGCUCAGUCGGACUCCUGGCCCUUCUUCAAUUUUUUCAUUUCGCAUCAUUUUUUUCUCUUCUCAUUUAUUACAUUUUUUAAUUAAAGACGCAUAAUAAAUAUUUUUAGGACUCAAGAUGAAGUAGCCGCCCUAAACUACUCAAUUCAGUGUUAAGGUUUCUUUUAGCAAGUACAGGGCUGGGAUCAGUAUUCAGUCAGACAGUCGUUGACGCCUUCACAGCAUUUGUGUCGCCAGGCAAGUUCCUCCUCUUCUGCUCUCUCUGUCUCUGAGGCAGACUUCAUGGCAGACUGUCCUCCAAGUGUGACAAGUGGAACUGUGUGAUUAAUUUGGCCAGUCGUUUUAAUGUGCUCCGGGAUGCGCAGCGCUUAUUGUCUUCGCCUUGCACGUCUUUCAGAAUCUGCCAGAGAAAAUGUACAGGAGGAUCGAGACAUCCAUCCCUCCUUCCCCCUCUCUGUUUUUUUCCCCUUUCGCUGCCUCAUUGAAGGGCUGAGCUACAGGGUCGUCAUGGGGGCCAGCCCAGGUCGGGGCCCGGCUCCAGCCAAGGCCGCUGGUGGAAUAAAUCUCCUGUCUCUGAAGUGUUGAAAGCUGUGUAAAUGUCAAACGCAUCAGUCUGAUGUGCUGGCUGAGGGGAGAGGGGGUUAGAGAGGAGGUGGGAUGCUGGGAGGGAGGGUUGUGCAUGAGCCAUCCACUGAAGCUGGUCCCCUGUUACCCUUCAUAGCUGGCGGUUGCCAGGUACAGAUGUUGCUGCUUGCUCCCUGCCGCUGAAGAGCAAGCCAGUUUUUUUUCCGUUUUCCCCCCCGUUUGUUUAGUUGGUGAACAUCUAUGAGACACACAAACCACUAGGGGCUUGACUCCUGUCAGCAGCUUAGUGAGCUGCAUAUCUCUCCGAUUUUAACAAUGUCCCCUCUGACCACCAGACAUGCUGCUUAGGGAGUUUUCUAUUUGGGGUUGUGGCUUUGCUCUUUCACCUUUUGGUUUCCUUGUAUAGCCCUGCGAAAAAAUCUUUUACCCCGUGUAACUAUUCAAAGACGCAUAGGGGGCCUAAAUGAAGUGGUCCUCUUCUUACACCCAUGCACUCACAAAUGGGAGCCAAUCUAUUACUUUCAUAGGUUCAUUGUAUUAUUUCCUUUGACUCGACCAAGUGUAAUAGCCCAACAGGGCAAUCACAUACAAUACUGACAAAAACUGCUUGAACACUACCUCCAUCCGUCCAUCCGUUCAUCUCUAUAGCAUCCCCCCUGCCUGUUCGUACUGUUGUUUUGUUCCCCCUUUCCACCUGCCUCUCUCUCCCCUGCUGUGCUGUGUCUCUCUGUCUGAGCCUUAGCCUGUAUUCCUCUUUAUGCUCUGCUGCAGUGCAGCCUUCUUGUAAAAGGAUAAGCACCAUGCUGUGCUCUUUUGAUAUUAUUUUUUCCCUCCUCGCCAGCUCCAGCCCUGUGAGGCCUCAUCUCUAGUUUCAUGGCUACUGCUGCAACAACAAGGCCAAGCAUGCACCCAGGGAAUAGACCGAGCCAGUUGUUCAUCUCCAUCACCUAGGGUUUAAACUCGUCCCCAGGGAUAGAGAAGAACUCCCAACUGCUGUGAGAUGGAAGUCAUCUGUUCAGCUGCAUGCUAAGAAUACAUUUACACUUGUUUCCUGGGGGUAGGGCGAUGUUGGGGAUUGGAUCAAUUUUCCUUUUAUUGUAAUUCGCAGAUGGAUCAAGAUGGACAAAAACAUUGUGUUAAAUGUGAUUCACCACCAGAGUGGUGAACAAAUGGGUGGUGAUUAUAGGUUGUGAUGAUCCACUAACAAGCAGUAUAGAAAUGGCUGACAAUUCAUUUGUCUGGAAUCCGUAGUCUGAAUGGGGAAUUGAUUGACAAGAAGCCUAAGCUACUUUCUCUUGUUAACGCCCUGCACUCUGUAGUGAAGGUCUUUUCACAAGCAGAGGCACAGAAAACAGGGUCUGCAAACAUUCCCCAAGAGAAAAGAGGACACAAAGCGUUGAAAUGUCGCCAAUAUUUAACAUGCUUUAUUUUUAGUAGUAGUAGUAUUAUUGUUAUCAAAAUUGUUUUAUAAAUGUGGAACAUAUAAGAGAAGACAUUUUGCAUUUCUUUCAAUCAUAUUUACACAAGAACAGAACAAUUGUCGGGCCAUUUUUGCAUUUUCUGCAGUAUUAUGAGGCACCUUUCCUUUGCGUUCACACUUAUUUUCUUUAUACUUACUGACAAGGCUCUGGAAUCAUAAACAACAAUCACUUCACAAGGAGAAAGACUCGUAUUGAACAUGUAAUUUGACUGUAUUAUCCUGCAUGUAUAUUCGUACUUUUUGUCUUGUGUAGGAAUGUGUCAGUAUGAACAAUAGGAGCUCAGGCGUUUCUUGACGUCGAUAUUCUGCAGAUAGAGAUGCAAGCGACAAUAAACCCUCCUAAAGGGCUGAGCCACAAUGUUCUUCUCUCACGUCUGCCAGCAAAGACUCCAGCUGUAUCCCUUGUCUUUGCAGAGUAGGAUGAAUCACGGGGAAUGGAAGCACCCCCACCACCACCACCACUUUCCUCUCCUGAGAGACCUUGGCCAAUGAGCCCUUGCACUGAUUACUCUCGUUACUUAAUUAUAUAUUUGGACCCACCGCACUCACAACAAAGGGCCGCUGUGCCUCCAUUGACCCAGCUCCCUCCUCAUUGUGCCCGGCUCUGAAAGGGAGUCAAACAAAACAAAGAGGGUCCACUUAAAUAUGUUGCCACAGGGACUUAAUUGACAGGUUGAAGGCAGUUUUUCACAGGGGGCCCUCUCCCUCUCGAUGUGGCUCUUCGCUUGAAUCGCUCUGCUCGUCGUGCAUCCUGCUGUGAGGUCCAGUGGGACUGGCCUGCUGCUCGACCACUCCUGUUUCCACAACUUUGCCAUGUAUUGUGUUGGGGGAGAGAGAGUUACCAACCAGGAGCAUUAAGCAUUUACCCACAAAUGAAUGUGAGAAACGGAAGCAAGGAUCAUGCAGAGCGGAUUUAAGAUGAGAACGAGGUCAUGCUUUUCAUGAAAAUUAAAGUUGGUGUUUCAACUGACAGUAAACCGGGAUUAUUGACUUUACUUUAACUUAACACAUUCUAGAAUGCAAUUUUCUAAUUCUAAUAAUAAUUAGUUUUCUGCCUGUGAACAUGUCAAGGCUGUGGCACUUAAUAUCUGGAGUAUUCUCCUCUGUCAGUUACAAGGACUUGUUUCUCUUUUUCUUGUUAUUUUUAAGGAUGCACCUCUGAAGAUAUUUGAGCCUAAUCACUUUGUAUUUGAAUGGUGAGAUUUGAAGUGAAGAAAGAAACAUUUCACUUUUUUCCGACUGAAUAGCAGGUGAUUUGGCCUUUGGCUGUGCCAGACGAGGCAUAUUUCAGGGUUCAACCUCUUGUUAUUUAGUUCCUUUAUCCCUGUAGAAGUCUGACAUAGAAAUUAAAGACUGGUUUGACAAAGGCGGAUUUGAAAUACCACACUUAAUAGGCACUGUUUUUGAGUAUUCAGAGAGUCUAAGCUCGGCUUUAAAUUAGACGAUAGUAUCUCAAGGACACACUCUUGAAAGGCUAAAUGACAAGCUGCAGCUGAAUGCAAAGUCAUUGAACAGACUCCUCAUAAUAGAAUCCAGUGUAUAGUGUUAUUCGUUUUUCAUCUUUUGUAAAUUUACAGCAUUGAAUUUGCAACAGAAACACCAGAAUGGUGUUCAAUGCGGUCGCUGUGUCGCUUUUCAAACAUGAAAAAGUCUCUUAGACUACCACACACUCUCCUCUCCCUCUUCAUCCUUUGCCGUUUUGCACUGAAAGCUGUCAGUGAAUGAGAGGUUGCACACAAAAAUAACAUCUGCACUGAUUAUGGGCUAUUGGGGGGGGGGGGGAGCCAAAUGAAUAAUUCCUUAUGUAUCCUGUGUCUGUCUCUUUUCUGUUACAGUGUGACAGUGAGUGUGACAUUGACGACAAGGUGUCUGAUGUAGGAUCGGAGAAGCUCUUUUCCCCCACCACACCCAAAGGUGUGCCAACGAAUGACAGUCCAGAGUCCAAGACUUGUAGCUCAGCCAAAGUAUCAGGGCUACAGCGCAGCCAGGAGCAGCGCAACAGUGAGGUGCCCUUCACGCCUCCCGUGCCCAGCCCCACCCCAGCUUCGGCGCCUACGGGCUCCCCUGCCCCCGCUGCAGCGGCGGCCCCCCCAGAGCCCCCUAGGUCGUGGCUCCCUACCCCGCCUCCUCUCAGUGUCAAGAAGGAGCAGCACCCUCUGCCCCCUGUCCCUACCCCUCCCCUGUUAAGGGGGCCACCCCACACCCAGCCCCACCCUCCUCACCCACACUUGCACCAGGAGGCCCGUGUUCUUCCGCACCCACAGCACCACGCACGGCCAGUAAUCAGCCACCAGGUGCAUCACCCGCUGCAGUACAACAGCCUCCACGACAUCAGCCACAGAAGCAGUCCAUUGGGUCUUCCCAAACAGCACUUGCCCCCAUCCCCUCACCACCACGUCAGCGGGCUCCCAUCCUCCGCCCCCUCCUUGCCUCUGUCUAUAGCUAACCUCUCUACCUCGCACUAUUCCUCCCUACGGAGCCCGGCCCAUCGCCAUCCGGCCAUGUUUGCAACCCCAGCCACACUGCCGCCACCACCGACCUUACCGACCAACAGUUUAGUGGUGCCCGGGCACCCCGCCGGCACCCCCUACCCAGAGCAUGACCUCCUGAGGCAGGAGCUGAACAACCGCUUCCUGGUUCAGAGUUCAGAGCGGGGCCGGGGGCCGUCCGCCUCACCACUGGCCCCCGCUUCGCUCCUGAGGGCCGAGUUUCACCAACACCAGCACAUGCACCAGCACCAACACACCCACCAGCACACCUUUACGCCCUUCCCCGCCAGUCUGCCCCCGGCCGCCAUCCUCACCCCGCCCACCGCACCCCCCAUGGUGCAUACCCAAGCCAGAAAUUUCGACAAAUACGCCCCCAAACUGGACAAUCCCUUUAUCAGACAUUCAAACUUCUUCCCCUCCUAUCCCCCCACCAUGCCAGGCAUGCCCCCGCUGCUCCCACACUCAGGACCCUUCAGCUCGCUGCAAGGAGCCUUCCAGCCCAAGGCAUCUAAUUCCAUCGACGUUGGGGGACGUCCUGGAGGAGUACCUCACACACUCCUACAGAAGGAUCCACGGAUAACAGAUCCAUACAGGACAUCUGUUAGGAAACCUGGCAAGUGGUGUGCAGUGCAUGUCCAGAUCGCAUGGCAGAUCUACCACCACCAGCAGAAAAUGAAGCAAAUGCAGUUAGAUCCUCACAAACUAGAUAUGAACGGGAAGCUGGACCUGUUCAGUCGACCACAAGCUCCAGGAGUCUUCCCAGGGUUUCCGUACACUCAUGACCUGGCACGACCCCUCUUCUCUUCCACAGGCUCUGGUCACCCCGCUCCUUCUCCGUAUGGCCACGUCCCCCACCCUAGCGGCUUCCUGCCUCCUAGCCAUUUGGCAGGUAAGUAUCCUUUCAGUCGCUCCAGUUCCUAUGGCGGCCUCGGCAACCUUUCAAGCAGUGCCUUCGGAGGAUUAGGCAACCCUUCGCUUGGGCCCAACAGCAUGUUUGGCACCAAGGAGGGGCCAGGAGGACUGCCCACGUUUGGCAGCCCCCACCACGACACCUGGAACAGACUUCGACGCACCCCGCCAUCUUUCCCCACCCCUCCGCAGUGGCCCAAAACCGCAGACACUGAGCGAAGCAGCUCAGCCAACAGCCAUGAGAGAGAACGAGAAAGAGAAAGGGAGAGAGAAAAGGAGAAAAGAGACUCGUCCAUUGGGAAGGACGAGAAGGAUAAAGACAGGGAUUCCGUGGAUCGCAAUCGUCACUCCAACCGUUCAUCUCCGGCCUCUGCGCCAGUCAGCUACCAGAUCAGCAGCCUGAUACGCUCAAACAGCCAGAACUCCUGUGAUUCGGGUCGACAUCACAGUGGAAGUGUAGAUCGGGUCCGUGAGGCGGAGAAGGAGCUGCUGGAGCGCCACAGGGAGUCUUCUGCGCUGGGUGAUGUGAAGGUGAAGGAGAGCCGCUCGCCUGGCAAGGAGAUUCUAGAGAGGAGAUCCUCAGAAGACUCCAUCAAACCCGCUCAACGUUCUCCUUCCCCAUACUCCAAGGCAGUGAUCAAUGAGCAGGGCAUGAAAAUGGCAGGUGGGCCCCCACCUACACUCAAGGACAGCGAGAGGAAAGAGCCCUCACCCGCAGAGCUCCUCCACAAGGUGAAAAAUGACAUGAAGAUUAAGGAGGAGAGGAAGGAGGAGCAGGAGGUCAUGGUGGUGAGUUCGGAGCCUGCCCCCCAACCACCAGCCCAAGCUCUCCCUGCUCAAAUCAGCCAGCCUGUAAACCCGCACCACCACCAUCCACCUUUGUCCCACCAGCAUCUUCCCUCACCACGCGGCAGUGACAUUCCAGCACCUGGCAUGCAUGGUGUCCCCAUGGCACACUCUCUGCCCCUUUCAAUGAGUGCCAUGCCCCAGAUGGGAAGCCUCAAUGUGCUGGACCGGGCGCGCAUGGCUCCCUUCAUGGGAGUGAGCCCACUGGCAGGAAGAGAGCGCCUGCCCCACCCGGCCUUCCCUUGGGACCCACUUAGAGAGGCCUACCGCAGCCUCGACCUGCAGCGGCGCAUGGACUUCCAGCUCAGGGCCGAGCAAGGACAUCGAUUCUCCAGUGUGUACGAACAGGAGCGAGCCUACCGCGAAAGGGAGGCUCACGACUACUCCCACCACGAGCACCUGUUAGAGGUGCGCAGGGAACACGAGAGGAUGAGACAGCAUGCGGAGGAGCGAGAGCGCCUCCACCUGAGGGAGGAGCUGGACAGAGCACGCCUCCAUCAGCUGCAUCAGUCCCCCAUGGAGGGCCAUCUACCCCACAUGGCCCCCUUUAUGCCCCACCUAGGCGGCAUGCCCUACCCUAGACUCAGCCCAUCCACAGGACACAACGGCCCUCUGAACAGAACACCUCCGACUGCUGCACUCAGUGCGCCCCCGCCCCUUGUACCAGCCGGCAGUGCCAGGCCAACCUCACCCAGGAGGACUACCCCCCUCACCACCCAGGACCCACGGGACUACUCCCCAUCUCGCAACCCCAAAGAGGUAGAGGCUCGGUAGCUUCUUAGAAACGUGCACAAAGUCUUACUAGACGCACUCCACACGAGCCCCACUCUCCUAAUCUGAAAUGUUUUGUGAACAAAAUGCACUGCUCUUAACCAGAUAGGAGCAAAACUUCCUAAGGGAAAGAGUAUGAUUGUACAAAGUAAAGGUGUGUAAGGCUGAUUAAGCACAUGCCAUGACUUUAUUUUUAGUGGACUGGAGGUUGAAUAAUGUCGGUCAAGAGAACAUAAAUAUGUGUAUGUUUAUAUCCGACUUAAAUAUUUGAUAAUUAUUAAUAUAUUAAUCAAAUACCUUUUUUUCAGCUCCAUGCAAAAGGAAAGGUCCUGAAAUGAGUUUGUACAUUUCUUAUCCUUGUUCCAUGUAUAGAUAUAAUUUCUAUGAAUUUUGUGCAUUAGUCAUGCCUUUUACAAUAUUUAUCCCAGUUGAUUGUGAGACAUAUCCAUUAUGACCCACUGUAAAGACUGGAUUUUGUUUCAAACUUCAGUAAUUUAACCUCAUGGUACCAGGAUAUCCUCAAUGAUGACAAUGUACAAUGUUACAUUACCGAUUUGUUUUGUUCAUUUGUUUUUGCCUUUGAGAUAUGCAGAUAAAUAUAUAUUAUGAGGUCUUUGUUCAGUCUCUGUAAAGAAAACUCAUGUACAUAACUUGUUGAUAUUCCUUUGCUGCGAAAUUACAGUGUAAAUUUAUUAGUCUUUUUAACCAUUUCUAGAAAAAUGAAAUGAAAUGAAACUUGGGGAAUCACUUUCCUGUUGAAUAUCGUGGCAACAGACAUGCCUGGCCAAUGGAUGAGAAGUAUGAUGAGAGGGUGUUGUAGGGGGGCCGAGAAGGAUCAUCUGCAAUCUAUGCAAAGCAGCACACAGCACCCUAACGAAGAAAUCACCCGGAGGGAGCAGACAAUACUGGUGAUACGGAAAGAUACUUGGAUUAACACUUGUUUAUAAAUAAUGAUGGAAUUAUUAAAAGACUUCCAAGUCAAAAACUGGACCAGCCCCAGACAGAAAAGGAGGACACUUUUUAGUGGGCGGCAAAAGGACUUUCUCUGUCAACCUUGUGGUGUUGUGCAGUUGUUUUUCUUAGACUCUUGUAUACAAAACAAGUAGAGUUUUAGGCGUGCAAAAAAAUGAAAAUGAACAUUCUUGGUUUAAAAUGUACGGAAUAAAGUUUGGACCUAAUGUCAUACAUGUGUUGCUUGUCUUUCCUCAUGGCACUCGUCGUCAGUGCUGACUACAAGUACUGAACCGGUCUGUAAGCCAAACUUACUGAGUUGAGUGUUGAUGUUAGGUUGAUAGUUUUGCCAAUAAUGCUCGUGCCUCAGAUUUCAGCAUUUAGAGUAUUUGCUCAUAUAUAUCAAGCUAUCAAUUUGUAAUCGUACGGGCAACAGACUUGGCCGGCAGAGUAGCCUAUGCCAUGAGAUCAUUUGACCAUAAUCUGUCAUACAUGGGCUGCAGAGCUCCUCAGAGGGGAUCGAUGAGAUUGGGCCAAGGCAAUACAGGGAGGGACUAAUAGGACAUUGAUUUUGUAUAAAAGCAGGUUUUGAGUGUUUGUGUUGCAGGUAACCGGUAUUGACUGGCAGCCCAGCCGCAUAUUGACGCGCGGUCUGGACUCAUUAAGAGGAGCAAUGCCUGGGAGGCAGGCUAUCGGAUGGUGGAGGACAGGCUCCUCUCUCUCUCCUCAUACGCCCCCCCCCCCCCUCUCCUCAUGCACACCACUCAUCUGCUUUUCUAAUAAGGCCGGAAGGCGCUCUGGAGUGGGCCGUGCAGGGAGCCGCGAGGCGCCCCGUCCUGUUAUUGACAAGACCUCGGCUGUGCUUGCCGCCUGUCCAGAGACGGCCAAUUCAUCCUGAUAAUGCCUCGACUACUCAUCUCGCUGCUGUGUGCUGUGAGACACACCAAUCUUGUCCCAUGGUAGCAGCCCAUAAUGACAGCGUGGAUCAAACCGUGGCCAGGUCAUUAGGGGAUGUUAUUGAAAAUCAAUGGCGCUCCUGUGUCUCGCACACUCCGGCAGUUUUUUUUUUUUGUUUUUUUUUUUUGAAAGGGCUCCUUGAAAAGACUGUUUGCCAGAAUGAGGCUGGCGUAUUGGGAAGACUUAAAUCACUAUCACUUUCAAUUUAGGCUCCAGGUAAUUGAGCCACAUAUUCCUCUGACGGGUAGCAUCUGUCAGUGGCCAGCUUCACUUUAGCACUAUGUGCUUUUAGUCCUAAUCAUCUGGUCAACAACGGGUACUUAACCCCUGUACUUGUUACAGCAUAGUGAUUUUUCCUGUAACUAUUAUUUACCAAGCAAGCUUUGGAAGAAGAAAAACACACACCUUACAUUUUCCCCCGACUCAAUCACUCUGUCCAUCUCCAUCCAUUUUAACGGCUGAGUGUGGAACGGCCCUCCGGAGAUGAAAAGCUCCAUCAAUUUCACUCAUCGUCUGGCAAGGUCAAUUUAUUUCAACACACAGUCCAUCAUCAGAUGGGAAUCAAUUGACACAUUGCCUAGCAUAUCCAACCCAAGGUAGGUUAUUACAGCUUCUGCAAUUGUCAGCUCUUUUCCAAAGCUAUUCUUCACAUGUCCAGGCUAUUUUCUUUUUUGUUUAUGAUUUUCUAUUUUUACUUGUUCAUAAUUUGGAACACAUUUCCUGUUAAAUGGAGCAUUGUUACUGUGGCAGGGCUUUGCGUAACAGCAAGUCAAAAAAGCGACUGAUACAAGAUUGAGGUUUUUUUUACACAUUUCUCCACUAUAAUCCCAAUUAAUAGGAUACGGUGGUAUCUGAGGUAAGACAUUGUUUUAUUGUUCCACUAAUCCUCUUCAUUUAUCUGUGAAAAACCUCAAUGCUGAGGGUUUAGGAUUGAAUUUUCAU